CUAUGUGGUUUGAAGUUUUGAUUGUGUGAUUGUGUAGGUAAAAGAGAUGUUUUUUUCAAAUAACCCCUUUUUUUUUUAAAGUAAUUUUCUUGAGGAGUCUUCCUUGCAAUGUCAGUCUUGAGUAUUAACUUAAAUUUUAUUCAUCAGGUAAAUACUAGAAAGUUGAACUGAAGAGAAGUGGAGAGAAAAGGGAAAGGAAGUGAUUGACAUUUCUAUAAAAAGAAGCGAGGAGAACGACGAGAGAAACAUAAAAGAUAAACAAACUUAGAAAGAGAAAGUUGUUGUGCCAAAGAAAGGGUGAAAGCAUUAUUCAACAGGAAAUCAAAAUAUGCCCGUGAUGAACAGCCAAAUGAAUAACGCUGUUCGUAAAAUGCAUCAUGUAUUAUCUAGUGGAGCUGUAACGGUUACCGGCCCAAAUCGACCACGUAUACUUCGCAAGGUAAUCGUAGGCUCCAGUAGCGACGGCGCCGGCUGCAGUGGUAAUAACGGCGCAAAUACUAACAAUGCGACAUCAGCAUCAGUAGCACCAUCCGUUAAUGACGUACAACAUUCGACGCCCUCAGUUACUCGUUGCUACGUGUGCGAUGACUUUCUGGGGACAAAUCAAAAUCAAAAUCUUUUAACCGAAAUGAAAACAUCGUAUACAUCCACGACAUUCCCUGUUAAAAUCAGUCAAUUGGUGGGUCAGGAUUUUAUGGUUUUCACGAGUGUUGAAGAUAUUGUAUGUGCUCGUUGCACAAAUCUAAUCAACUAUUUGGAUCGUUUGGAAAACGACGUCGAGCGCGUGCGAACGAGUUUGAAAAGUCUGUUAAACAAAAAAUAUAACUUAGAUGUUGAAGGUACAGCAGUGUUACCGCCCACUAAGCUACAAAAGUUAAAUAAUGGAGCUGCUAUAAGCGGCGGUGCGCAACAAUUGAAAACUUUGCCACAACCGCCAGUGUUACAGAGGAAAACCACGACAAAAAUGUAUAAAUGUUUAGUGUGCGAGUAUCAAACUCCCGAUAUGCGUGUAUUGAACACUCAUUACGAGACGUGCAAGCAUCAGAACUUUCAGUGUAAGAAUUGUAAGAAAAUCUUCCAUAAUUUUGGUUCAUUAAAGCAGCACAUGAUACGAGAGCACAACACGUCAAUGGAUAAUACUUGUGCUAUGUGUCAUAUUAAUUUUGCUAACGAAAUGGCUUUUCGAAGGCAUAUGGAUCUUAAUCAUAGUACCAACGUUGUCCUUGCAGUAGCACCAACUGCAGUCCCGCAAGUCGACACAAUUGCAGCACGCCCACCUAAUUCCGGAGCCGCUAAUACGCCUGUGUACACAUGCAUUCAUUGUCAGCUAAAGUCCACUGAUAAGCCUUCAUUCGACGAGCACAUGCGCAAACAUGCGGCUGGUAUUAGACCGCUUCCAUUCAAAUGCAAAUUGUGUGCUCAAUGGUUCGAAACUCGUGACGCGGCGGCCGCACAUGCGAGACAGCAUCAAGGCAAUGUCUUCAAGUGUGGCACGUGCUCCAUGUCAUUUUCAAAACGCGUGCUAUUGAUGAAACAUUUCGAAAAACACCAACAGGAUAAUAGGGUACACCAACAACCAAAGUCUCAACAAAAUGUCAACCAACAGAAUCGACAUGUCCUUUCGGCGAAACAGCACGUAGUUGUGCCCGUAUCAUCGCCUAAUAU